AAUGGUAAGACGUUUACCUGGAAGCUUUGAUGAUUGAUAAGCAUAGCAGUACGACAAGUCUGAUUGGGCAAAUAAUCGGACGGAAGGCCAGUUGAUCUAAUGAAACGACUCGUUAUAAGAGUGGUUGGAUGAUGAUUAACACAGUUACUUCAUUACUUCAUAUUAAACAAUGGCGGCUGCGGAAUGGCACCGAAAAUAAAGUCGUAAUUGAAACGACAACACAUUCGUUAGGCCUAUUAACACAAGAAAAUCGAUGUUCACAACAAAAGUAACGGAAUAGAAAACGGCAACAACAAGUUCUGAGCGGACAAUCAAAGGUUUGUUGCAGAGGUACAGCAUGGGAAAGAAACGAGAGCGGCCCUUUGAAAGUGGCCCCAAAAGACGUACCAAGCUUCAGAUUGGUGCCGCGUCGUCGUCGACAAAGAAAGAUGGAGGAGCGGCAGGAGUGUUUGGAGCAACUUUCCAAGAAGCAUCUAGAUCUCAAAGUGAUCACAACCCUCUGAGUGGCCUCCUUGCCCAGUAUGGCGACAGCGACGACGAAGAUAGUCAAGAUAACCCUCAAAGAGACACAGAAGAAGCCGUUAAACCAAAGAAUGAGAUCGACGCAAAAGUAGCUGAUUUUCUGGCGGAAAUCGAUGCCCUUGAUGGUACUGAUUCCCCGGUGCCCUCGGGGGAGACUUCCGAAGCCCUGCCCAAAGAAGCGGCAGAUGCCCCGCCUCAGAACAACGCGCACAUCGAUUCAACGCUUAGCCAAGCCGUGGAGUCAACCACCAGCGAUGUGACAUCAACACCUAGUGAAUAUGCAGAUCCAGAACAAGGCGUGGCAGAUUCAACAAAUACUGAAGCAGGAGAUUUGGGUGAAUGGCAAGAACUCUUAGACGAAGCAACAAACUGUGUCUACUACUGGAACACGGUUACCAGUGAAGUCACUUGGGAGAUACCGGCUUCCCUCCAAGCAGCCAAUCAGCAGCUAGCAGGACAGUCAUAUGACCACCAAUUACCCAAUGGGACGACAGCACAUGAUCCAGAGGUUGCUGAACCUGUUGUGGCAACCGAAAGUGUUGCUAAGCAACAGGAGGAGGAGUUAACAAAGGAGGACACAAUAACGGAGAAGUUACCUGAGACUAGCGACCGAAUCGUUGAGAAAGAAGCAAAGAAACUGCCUGUUUAUGGACUGGGCGCGGUAGCGUACGAUGUUUCGCCGGAGCCCGAAAUUGAAGAAGAGGAGUUUGAGCUGCAAAAGCCAGAAGCGAAAAAAUACCCGAUGUUUGUGAAAGGGGACAGUCUUCCAGGAACUGAAAGCGUCAUAGCAGAUAUCAAAGAGGCGGAGGCUGUUUCAGAUGAGAGCAGCUCCACGAUUGGUCAGAUUAAACCAAUGCUUAUGGAGGAGGAGGUGGAACCGACCAAUGGGAAUGGGGAAAGCAGACCGGAGGACGAUGAUAUGGAUAUUGACGAGCAGUUGGAAAUGGCCCUUGAGAAACGGAAGGCCGAGUUGAAGGAGUUGGAGUUCGAUGAUGGAGCCUCUAGUCCGUGCUCAGUGGACAAGAAACGCAAAGCGUCGGAAACUCUAGAGUUAUACGAUGAAAAAGGAGAAGUGAAUCUUCUGGCCAUCAAGAAGAAACGUAUUGAGAAUCUCAGAACCAAAUCCACUGUGGAGACAAACGACAUCGGAACUCAGUGCGACGCCGAGCUGGAUGACCUUGCUGCUAAGCAGAAGAUCAAAGAGGAAGCGGAGAUGAAGAAAGAGAUUGCUGAACUGUCGUUGGAUCUUAGCAACAAGUUGGCUUUUCUGGGGAUCACAACGGCAGAGUUGACCAAGUUUCAGAUAAUGCUAGUGGAAAAAGAGGUGCGAGUGCGAGAUUGGCGGGAGGGUCUCUUGGAUUCCAAACACCUUCUACGUCACCUCAAGUCGUCUGACUGGGAGCUCCAACGUUACGAGAUGGAAGCGACACCCUCCGGUUGGUCGUGCACGUGGGACAGAGAGCACAAGCAAUAUUACUACACGGACAAUCAGACAGGAACAUCGCAGUGGGACUUUCCGAUGGAUGCCGUGACGCUAAGCGAGAACAAGGGAGAGGAGACAUCGGUAUCGACCAAUUCUGCCCAGACGGCGUCCCAGUCGUUGUUCAACCAAGCGUCGCUGACACAAGGAACGGAGCAUGGGCAGUACGUGCAGUCUGCACCACUGGUCCCUGUGGUGCAGGAUACCAGUCAAAGCCAAGCCUAUAGUACCUAUAUCGCCUCGUCCUCAAUCCCCGAACCCCAAACUAUGGAGUACACCACUCCAUACAUCCCUCCAACUCCAGCACCAGCUCCACCAAAGACCCCCGCCCCGCCCAUACCCGCCCCUCCCCUUCCCGACCCAGUGCCCCCUCCAUCCCUAUCUGCCCCAUCCCUUCCCAACCCUCCCCUCCCGUCUGCCUACCAUAAACCCCCUCCGCCACCCCCUGGUACCGAGUUGUUCCCACCCUUACCCGACUCCCCACCUCCACCCCUCCCCUCCGGCUCGGGACCCGAGUUGCCCCCUCUCCCACCCAGCCCGCCCCCUCCGCCUCCCCCUGAGGAAGAUGACGAGGGCGCCUGCGAUAGCACCAGGACGAUGACCCCUCCGCCCGUACCCAUACACCACCCCGAGAUGAUCAACGAAGGAAUGGACAUUCCAUCCUCUUCCGCCACGCCCUCCAGCUCAACCGUCAUCGGUAAACCUCAGCUCCUGUAUAGUGGUAGUGCAACCAUGGCAGAUUCUAACUACUCAGCCCCAGUGUUGUACAGUGCUCUUCCAUCAGUGGCUGCCCCUCCCCAGGGCGUCUCGUUAUCAUCAGGAUUGCCAACAGCAGGUGCACAGCCGGUGACGGGCAAGACAAAAAAGAAGAAAGAAAAGACCAAGAAGUCCACAAGUAAAAAGAACAAGCUUCCCCUGACGUUAGUGCAGAAGUGGCAGCAGAUCAAGGAGGAGGUUGAGCGAGAAGAGAAGGCCAACGAUGAGGAGGAGGAUGAAGAAGACGACCCCAAUGUUGUCGCACAGAAGAGGAUCGCUCAGUGGAAGAAAGAGCAGAUGGCUGUAGGGUUGUCGACGAAGAACGCCAAUUUUGAGAUGAUUCAAGGUGACUGGAGAGAAAGGCUCAAGAGGAAAUCAAAUGCCAGCUCUUAAAGUAAAAAUAUUUGUUGUAACUGUUUUUGUUUAUUUGCGUUGUGGUUUACUGCGUACAGUAGAUGCCACGUUAGUAAGGACGUCCAAUGCUCUGCAGAAAAGCGCAUUCACAUAAUUUUUUUACAAGUUUUUUGGAAAACCAAUGGCGAUGUCCUUAAAGCUUCUGCUUAAUCUGACAAGUUUUGCUGAGCAGAAAGUAGGUCGCCAACCAAAAUACCUGGUCAUGUAUGUCACGUACGUCUCUAUGGUUACAUGUAUAUUGUAUUUCACUGGUUCUCGGCUAUUUGCUAAACAAAAAGAUUGGCACAGGUUAGGUUAAAAUCAUUUGUAAGUUAAAUGCAUACUUUGGUAUGGGCAUCUUCUUGCACAAUGCAUAACGUAAAACCGAUUGCCAGUUUCAUAACAGGCGUGUUUUAGUUAAAAAUUACAUUUGUUCCUUUGUGGGAACCACAUACAAGCAAUAUUGAAUUACAUGGUGUUUUGGCUGGUAACCUUUAACUUCUGCUAAGCAAUUUUUUCUGUGCUUAACAAAUUUGAGUGCUUUUCAGCUUACUGAAAUUCUAUCUCUCUGUGUUUAUCCCAUGUUGGGAAAUUUAUCAGCAAGAAAUUUAUAUGAGUUGGAAAUCAAACAUCAAAACAUAGUAUUGUACAUAAUUAUUUGUUUAAUUAUUGAUUGAAUAAGGAAUGCAAAUUUAAACAGACGGUAACUCCGGGUUCAACUUUGAGUUAAUGCCACACGUUAAAUUUUGCAUUUCUCCUUGAUGCAGUACUAAACUUUACUGUUUAAAACCAGAGCCUAAUUUUACAAAGCUGCUUAUGCACAAAGUGCAGCUAAGCACAAAGCAAUUAUGCUUACCAGAUUUAGGUAACCAGCCAAAAUACCAUGUCACAUGUACAACCUGUGACUGGUGUCCGGCUUAUCUUGCUCAGCAGAAUUUGUUUGUGCUUAAGCAGCUUUGUAAAAAAUUGGGUUUUUACCAAGUGCGCAAUGUUUAUGGCAGAUUACAAAACAUGUUCAACUCGUUAAGCAAUAACUGUGUGCUUGUAUUUAAACUCAAUGCCAUGUCAUAAUAUCCUGCAGAAUUUUUCCAAAAAGUAAAGUAAAGUCCUGUGCCAGGUAGAAGGGUGUAUUUCUUUUCCAGUUACAGAAAGUCGAAGCAAUGAAACAGAACUGCUAAACACUGCAAAAAUGUGGGUGUUAAAUUGAAACCGUGGGUGUUAAAAUAACACUAAUGUAAUUAUGUUGGCAGAAUAUUUUGUUUUUUUAACACCACAUAGUAUGGUGUUAAUUUUGAUUCUUUUUCACACUCAGUCUUCUUGAAACACAUUUCUACGCAAUAAUUGCUCGUGCCCUUUGGUAACUUUUCACUAUGUCCUUCCAAGCACACUGUAAAGUAUGUCAGUGAUUUUGAAAGAUGAACAGGUUUGGUUCACAGUCAAGGUUACUUUGUACUCACAAAUUGUUCAGAAAGUGAAGAUGCAUUUUCAGAUAUUUUGUUUGCCUCUUUUCAGACGAGUUUAUAAAAUUGUGAAGUGAUCAUAAUAUAAAAAACAUUCCUAAUAAGGAAUCAAAUAAAUAAACAAAAACAAAUUAAAUACUCUAAUUUGUAUUGCAUAGGUUAAUUACAAAGCUCAGGCAAAUUUUCCUGCUACAGUAGGCACCAAAUUUGCUUACUGAAAUUGUGUCCUGUAAAAAAACAAGUGAAAACAAAAGACACUGUUUUGAUAAAAUCGCCUUUGCAUCUAAAAAAAAAAAAAAAAAAAAAAAAAAAAAACACACAUAAGAACUGUCUGUCUUCUCGGGUUGCAGCAAACAAUUAAUUUUAACCCAAAUAUGUUGAGAUUUCCAAUUCAGUUGCCCCUGUCCGUUUACUACUUCAUUUAGAAUGAAUAAAAUAAAAUUAAAGUAUCGACCCUGGUAGAUUUCAAACAGACACACCUUGACUUGUCAGUAACCAGUGCUACCAUGUUGGAAAGCCAUGUAUAAAUAAAAAAAAUGUUUCUCA